GUAGUUUGUCGACGUUUAUUUUAUUGGAAUGAGUGGAAGAUGAAGGCCAAAGUAACUACCAUCAGACUCACCACUACUAACUGAAAUUCAAACACACCCUCUAACUCCAAGGCAACAAUGUCUCGAUCAAUUUACCCUUCUCCUGUAACCCUAGUCCCCAAAUCAAUGGCCACCGAAAGACCACCAUCAUCCGUCGUCGCAACAAGAAGAACCACCGCUGCUAACAAUAUGUCUGCUCUUGAAGCUCGAGUAUCUCUUAUAUUCGCUCUCGCCUCCCAAACUACUUCCGUCUCUCAACGACGUAGAUUUUUGGCGGAUUUGGCGACAGAGACGGCCAAAUAUGUGUUUCCGAAGAGGUUCGAGAGUCGGAAUUUGGAAGAAGCUUUGAUGUCAGUUCCCGACCUGGAAACCGUGAGGUUCAAAGUUUUGACCAGAAACGAUCAGUAUGAGAUCAGAGAACUAGAGCCUUACUUUGUAGCUGAGACUACAAUGCCUGGAAAAUAUGGAUUCGAUCUAAAUGGUGCAUCUCAAUCAUUCAAUGUACUAGCUGAAUACCUAUUUGGUAAGAAUACAUUAAACGAAACAAUGGAGAUGACAACCCCUGUUCUUACACGAAAAAUCCAAUCUGAAGGUGUGGCAAUGGAUAUGACUACCCCUGUGAUAACAAAGAAGCUGGAAGAUGAAGAUAAAUGGAAGAUGUCAUUUGUGAUGCCUUCAAAAUAUGGUUCCAAGUUGCCACUGCCCAAAAACUCUGCUGUAACUAUCAAAGAGGUGCCAGGUAGAACUGUGGCUGUUGUUGCCUUUUCAGGGUUUGUGAGUGAUGAAGAUGUUAUACGCCGGGAAUCAAGACUCAGGAACAGCCUAAAGAAUGAUAGUCAAUACAAAGUAAAAAGCGGGGCGUCGGUGGAGGUUGCACAGUAUAACCCACCAUUUACACUUCCAUUUACACGGCGGAAUGAGAUUUCCCUAGAAGUGGAAAGGAAACAAGAGUAGCAAGCACACAGAUGUAUCAUGUAUGUCUUUCCUGAUUCCUAUGUACACAGACACAAGUAGUUAAUUACAUGUUGAUAUGCAUAGUAUGAUAAGUUGUGUUGAUAUAUAACUUAUAUGUUGGUUGUAUAUACCUUAUAGAAUUUUGCUGUUUGCCUUCACAUGAAGGACAUCAAAUA